AUGUCGUCGGCUCCUAGUUCUGCCGAGCUUCUUCAUGUUGGAGGUGAAAGGACCACCGGGGAAAACAUACGGAUGCAAAAUGGUAAGUUAAAGUGAAACUUAUGGCGUGUGUCGCUUCCCUGGCUAAUUGUUUUGCGGUAAUUUACCCAGUUACUGCAGUAACAGCCAUUGCAAACAUUGUCAAGAGUUCUCUUGGUCCUGUUGGAUUGGACAAAAUGUUAGUGGAUGACAUUGGGGUAAGCUAUCCUUUCAUUUGAGUUUGUUCUGUAGACUUCUCUACCGUUAAAUGUACAUAUCAAACUCGGGUUUAGUUAGGGAUUGUACUUGAUUUCCCUACAGAGUGGUUGAAUACCGGUACUGAUUUCAACGUUAAUUUUAACAUUGAUUUUAGCUCAAAUGUAGAUAAGUUGGGUACAGUACAGUUUAUACCAAACUUGCCUACAACCAUGUAAACUGCAAAUUCUUCAUUAAGCCUGUGGAGUAACUGCAGAGUACCCGGCCACUUCAAAUAUUUUACAAACACUUCGAAAAACAAGGCAUAAGAUAAUACACAUUGCAGCCAGGAGAGCCUUUCUUUCACUUGCUUGAUGCACUCGAGAAAGACUCUGCAUGAAUCAAAUAAGAUCUUUGUUCAGCAUGUGCAGCAUUUAGCCUGCGAAACGCAGUCGUAUUUCCGGUCAUCGCCUCUGAAAAGUAACAUUUGGCAGAGGGAGAGAAGCAACAACCGGAAAUACGUCUACACUUCACAGGCUAAUGCGGCAUGUUGCUAGGAUAUAGUUUUGAACCCAGGNUCUUUCACUUGCUUGAUGCACUCGAGAAAGACUCUGCAUGAAUCAAAUAAGAUCUUUGUUCAGCAUGUGCAGCAUUUAGCCUGCGAAACGCAGUCGUAUUUCCGGUCAUCGCCUCUGAAAAGUAACAUUUGGCAGAGGGAGAGAAGCAACAACCGGAAAUACGUCUACACUUCACAGGCUAAUGCGGCAUGUUGCUAGGAUAUAGUUUUGAACCCAGGUCUAAUAGCCGAACACCUGAUACAGUGGGCUUGGCUAUGAUCAUCGGUUUAUCAAUCAAUGGAUACUUGCAAUCGAAUAAACCUGUUUGACGAAAAUGAACAAAUUGAAUAAAACAGAAGUUUGAGCUGCAGCGACCUUAAAGGUUUGAUGUGAUUCAGGCAAAGCUGCCUUUUCUCCUCCUCAUUCAUAAAGACUAAAAGAGGCUCUGCUGGUAGGAUGAAGAUAAUGGAGAUGUUCAUAUUUAAUGAGAUGUAAAUGAAGUGGCCGGAUAUUUAACAAUUAAUGAAUGAGGCUGAUUAUCUUGUGAAGAAUUAUGGAGAUCGAGGAGGGCGUUAUCGGCUGAGGUGGAUAACACCCUCUGAGAUCUCCAUAAUUCUUCAUACGAUACGAAAGUCGAAUUCAGUAAUUGUGUUAUUAUUCUUUCAAAAUGGUUCCUGGUUUACAAAUGUAGCUAAAACAUGCUUGCCUCCAUCAAUGUUAAGUUCAUCUUUGAUGGUGCAUAUUUAGGAUUGUUCAGCUCCGCAAAUAUUCUCCAAAUAGCAGAUGUCACCCUUAGAGUUGUCUUCUUGCUGUUCUUGUUAUGUUUUUAGCUAUUAUUUCGCCUAGUUCUUACCCCUGAAACAAGUGAAAUGUCCACCAUUUUCACAACCAAAACAGUUCAACCUCGUCUCUAGGUCUUCUCGGUUAACGGUGCAUUAACCUGCAAGAAGGCUGCACUUUUGACGCAAUUGGUUCAUUAAACACAAAAUUCUUCCAGAUUUGGUUAUCAGUAGCUGGUUGUGGCGAAUUAUGUGUGUGCUUUUAGCCAGUCAGAAUCGGGGAAAUAUUUUGAAUAAAUAGUAAUGUGCAGUUAAGACAAGUCUGGUUUCUAUAUAAUUGUCUGGAUUACCUCAGUUGUCCCUAAUUUUUUGCAACAGUUAGAACAAUCAAGGUAAUCUGUAUUAUUAUAUAGAAUCCAGCCUACAUAAAGACCUUAAUGGUAUCCAGACCAGGUGUUAGCAAUCACCCCUUUUGUCAAGUUGACCUCACAUUGCAUAGGCGGUGUUUGUAAUAUGUAUCUCACAAAUGCCUCACAAAACCAGGCUUUGAUUGCGCUUUUUAAAAAAUGCCUCAAUGGGCAGGAUUAAGAAGUGGUUGAGUGACAGACCUUGAUAUCCUGUCGUAAAGAUCUCUACUUCCUUCUUUCUUUCCUUCUUCUUCUUCAUUUUUGCCUUGUUCAAUUGUCUUGUUCUACUCUUUGGCCGCUAUUGCAAAGCAUAUGUAGCAUUUUUUUUGCCCGCCAGAUAAAAAAGAAAAUGGCAAGUUUGCAUGCAAGCUGAACUUGGUUUUAACAGCCAAAAUACAGAGCUGAAAUCUGUCUGUGAUCUAUUCGAAUGGAAAGCACCUUGUCAAUUGUACGUUUGCCUUGGUGUAAAAUGAAUUCAAAGAUAGAUGUUUGGCAAAUAAACAAAGUUUUGAGGGGGAAAAGCUAACUGAAUUGCAUCUCCAACACACAUAGCUGAUAGAAGCAACCUUUUCUGUGGAGCAAGAUGUGGUACAAAUGUUCUUUAUAAGAACAGGAACGGAUAAGAACAAAAUUGCAAAAUCCACUAGUCCUGGGCUAUUGCACAUGAAUCUUUUUGCAGGCUGAUUGGAAACAUGUUUUGUUUUUUAGGAUGUUACAGUCACCAAUGAUGGUGCAACAAUACUAAAGUUGCUGGAAGUUGAACAUCCUGCAGCUAAGGUUCUCUGUGAGCUCGCUGAUCUUCAGGAUCAAGAGGUUGGAGAUGGUACAACCUCUGUUGUUAUACUUGUUGCAGAACUCCUGAGAGGUGCUAAUGAACUUGUGAGACAGAAAAUUCACCCGACGUCUAUCAUAAGUGGCUACAGAUUAGCUUGCAAGUAAGUAAAGGCACCAGUUUGCAUGGGUAAGUUGAGUUUACUAAAGAUUUUUGUCAUCAUCACAAACUGAAUCAUGCAAACUAGAAAUUGCUCUCAGACUUACUUUUUGCUGACUAUUAAUUUCAUUAAUUAAUUUCAAAAUAAUUAGCUGAUUAAUAGGUGCAGUUUCACCCAUAAUAUAUUUUAAUGAGGUUAAUGAAGCCGUGGUAAAUUUUAACAUGGCUUUAGUUUACCAUGGUAAUAUAUGGUUACACAUGAAUUAAUAUUCCCAAGUUGUCAUUUACCAUGGUAAAAGUGUCCCCGUGUUACUGCACCUAAUAAUGACUGUCUUAAAUAUCUGGUCUGUUUAGUCAUCGUGUCUCGACUCGGGAAGGAUUUUGUCAGAUAUAGAUAAACGUUAGUAGACAGCUAUAUUGUCCAAUGACAGACUAUUAUUAUUUGGAGGUCGACAUAUGGAGCGUUUUCACAUGGUGUCAUGGUGGCAGUGUUCCAAAAACUGAAUGGCCACGUUGGUGUAUCAACUCCAACUCCUGUGGGAGUUGAAUUCUUUUCUUAUGCAAAUGCUUUCUUUUGUUCCAAUAAAUUUGCAUAGAGGCUGGCCAGGUGAGUGAAAACAUUUGUAUAAUAACAAGGGUAGCUAGUACUAAAGGCAUGAGAUCAACUGUAAAUUAUUUCUGAUUUUACUGAGAAGGUCGAUAAAUGAUAGGAUCCUAACCCAGAAUAAGCAAAGAUGCAAUGUUUUGAUUUGAUCUUUCUUAUUCUUUAGAGAGGCAUGCAAAUAUAUCCAAGAGCACUUGACUAUCAAUGUUGAUGAGCUGGGCAAAGAAAGUGUUGUAAAUGUAGCAAAGACAUCUCUGUCGUCAAAACUGAUUAGUCAGGCAUCUGACUUCUUUAGCGAGAUGAUUGUCAAUGCCGUCAUGGCAGUCAAACGAGCUGGGAACAAAGGAGAAGCUAAAUAUCCAAUCAAGGCUAUUAAUGUGCUCAAGGCACAUGGAGGAAGUGCUAAGGAAAGUGUUCUCGUAGAUGGCUAUGCUCUUAACUGCACCAUAGCUUCACAAGGUAUGGACAUGGUAAUUUAAGGGUUGUUUGAAUUUUUUUUCUUUUCAAAGAAGAGACUAUAAAGGGCUUAACUUAACUUUAUGUGAGAGUCAGGUCAUAGCGCUCAAUAUGGUGUGCACUCAUUGUUUAGAACAAUGGCUGAACCUCCAUUUGAGAGUACCUUUAUAAGUUGGGAUCAUGUAGUCUACAAACUGCUAUAAAGUCAGUUUUCCUACUCCAAGCACUAUAGCUAGAGCCUUGUAUAAGCAACUACCAAGUCUUAAAGGCGGGUUUGAUAGAUUGACUCCAGAAUAAGAAUGAAUAGCAUAAACUCUGGAAAUCACUUGUUGUAACAUUGCAACAUCAAGAAAUCUUCUGGAAAUAAAAUAUUAAGAUGCAUGUAGCAUUCAAAUGGUUCCAAACAUCAUGCUACAUGUAGAAGAGAUUGCAACAAAGUUUUUGUUUCCAUCUGGAAUAUCUUCCAUUACGAUCAAUAGCACCCUUACUUUAGCAGUUUGGAUGGUUGUGUAUUGGGGAUCAACUAUAUUAAUUUUCCCUACUUAUGAAUGAAAAAUUUCAGCAGUGUUUGAACGGAAUGUGUAUAUUUUGCAUUGAUUUGGGGUCUCUCAUGUCUUGUUUCUACAGCGAUGCCUAAGCGAAUAGAAAAUGCAAAAAUUGCCUGUCUGGAUUUUAGCUUACAAAAAGCUAAGAUGCAUCUAGGAGUGAGUGUUGUUGUAGAGGAUCCAGAGAAGCUAGAGGCCAUUAGACAGAGGUAAUUGUCAGUGGUGUAACGAUUAAUUGAAUUCUCGAUUAAUUGCGAUUGUAGCCGUUCGGUUCGAUUCACGAUUCUUUGCUUACACGUUUCAAUUUUGGUUUGAUUUUUGCACACCUUUUCCAGGGUGCCCUCAGUGACUUAUUAUAUUCUAAAAUAAGAAUCCAGAGUCCUUUGAUGUGCGUUUUUGAUUGACAAGCAAAGACAAUAGCAGUUUGUGUGCCAUUUUAUGUUGCCUGGUGAAAAUGCUGUUCUCUAACCUCCCCUUGAGAAUUUCUAAAUAAUUAGGCAAACCAUGUGUGACACGCUCUUUGUCAGGUUCUCUAACAUGGCAACAAACCAAGCAACUGUGAAUCCUCCUGUCCCUGUUACUAUUCUCAUAUCGAGGGUUUAGGGUUGCAUGUUGUUUACAUUAUGCAUUAUGUAAUAAGAAUUAAGAAACAUUUACAUAAUUGAAUCGAAUUAAUCGAAAUGGAACAGCAAUAAUCAAAAUUGAAUUGAAUUGCAAGGAAUAUGAAUCGUUACACCUGUCAGAAAUUCAAAGUACAUGUAACAACAAUAUUAUUAAAGCUUUGAUUGAUUGAUCUGAAAAAAUAAAUUUAAAUAUAUUAUAUGUUUAGAAAAAAUAUUUUGGAUUAGUAUCAUAUAAGGUUAAUAGGUUUUAUAUUAACUCUUUCAUUUACAUUCAAGUCUCUUGUGGUUCUGUUUGUACACUCUUUUAUAGACAUAUAUAACUAUAAUCUUGAACUCCUUAGUUGCUGUUAGGAGAUGUUGUUUGUGCUGUGUUUCACAUCUAUAUGGUAAAGUGUCUUUGGAAUGGCUUAAAUUUUAGUCUGGAAACUAUUUAACGAAACAAUAUAUUUAUAUAUUCAGAGAAGCAGAUAUUACCAAGGAGCGUAUCCAGAAGAUUUUAGGAGCAGGUGCAAAUGUUGUGCUAGUGAGUGGUGGUAUUGAUGAUCUCUGCCUUAAGUAUUUUGUCGAGGCUGGUGCUAUGGGUGUUAGAAGAUGUAAAAAAGCCGACCUUAAGAGAAUUUCGAGAGCCACUGGAGGUAAGUGGAUAUAUCACAGUGCAAGUCCAGUACAUUUUUUCUGCUUAUGAAGGAAGGGAUUAUAGAUUUACUUGUACUUCUUGUAGAAUAUAGUUUUGAACAUUAGUAGACCUCUCUAGCUUGUAUGUUUUGUUUUUCCGAUACAGGUCAUGUGAUAAUACUCUAGAGAACUGUUUCUUUCAAUUUUCUUAUUAUUCACAUGUAUAUCAGGGCUCAAAGUUAACGACUAACUGGUUGCAUAUGUGACUGGAUUUUUGGUUGUGCACCUAAAAAUUCAUGUGUAAUCGCACCUGUGUGCCAUAAAACCCAAAGCACAGUGCGACUGACUUGCUUCCAACUAUACUUACAAACUCGAACCAGAUGAGACGAUGUUUGUUUAAUUGGUCUUUUCCGCCCCAAUGGAUUCCACAAACUCGAAUGUUCUUUUUCAUUUUGAUGUUUUACUCCAUCCCAGACUCUUCUGUUUUGUUAUAAACACUGCUGAGACAUGCAAAUAUAUGCUACGAACGAAACACAUGCUUUUUGUGCAAUGGACGAUCAUGUCGAACGAUCAGUUUUAAGGUCAAUCAAAACAAAAACAGUGCGGAUUAAGAGCCUUUUUUCCCAGGUAAGAAAGUUUUUAAGUCAUAUCCCAGGUACAUGUAAGUCAUUGCGCAUUUAACAAUUAAUUCAUUAAAGAUUAACUUUCAUUCUCGUUCGACACACUCGUUGUUGUCAGUUUUGAAUUUUUUUCAAGUGUAAGUUUUCUUUAGUCACAGCUGUACUGUCAAAAAGAGAAACUAGUAUUAAAAAUCACAACAGUAUUACUGCGUAGCAAAUCGGCUGUGUUUUAUCAAUCACAGGACUAAAGUAAAAGCAACAAACUGAAGACAACAAAUAAACAUGGCACUGUUAAGCUUUUUACUUUUUCUUUUGAAAUAGAUGCUCCCAACAUUAUAAACUGUGCUCCAAAAAUUUUCAGCUGUGUGCCUAAAAUUUCGGCAGUGUGCCUAAAAAUUUACAUCUGGUAGCACAAGUUCUCCCAAACUCAAAUUUAAACUUUGAGCCCUGCAUAUGUACACAUAAUUUAUGAAAAGACAAAGACUCGACUUCCCCUGGGACCUCUGUUGAGAAAACAAGACAUACAAGGUAAAGAAAAGUCUAUUAAAAUCAAAUAUUCAGGUCUCUUAGUUGAUGUUGCAAAAUAAGGUGCAACCAAUAUGGUGUUCUUCAAUUACCAGGAAAUAUUUGCUGAUAUGCAGGCAGCACGAACAAUAUUAUUGUAUUAUGUUAUUGUUUACAUCAUAAUCGACCAUUAUUAACACAGUGUUCAUUUGAGACAGAAAGAUAUACAGUACUACUCAAAAGUGCAUUUAAGUUACCACCCUCUUGUUUGAACUGCAUCAAGCACCAUGUAAUGCAGGACACGAUUCUCGUAGUGUGCAAUGCCGUAAAAACUGUAAUUGUUAUGGCUAAAAUUCUUGCAUGACUAUAACAUGUAAACAACCACUGCAGCCUGUGGACUGUUGAGUAUAAUUUGCCUUGUGACGGAUUGAUGUGUCAGUAUUUCACGUAUUUGUAUGUGUAAAACAUCCUUUUUAAUAUGCUUCAUAACCUCUCCAAAUGUCUGGGAUAAUUCCUUCUCUGAUGUUGUUUGUUGGUUGUUUUUCAGCCACAGUGGUAUUAACAUUGGCAAAUCUUGAAGGCGAGGAGAGUUUUGAUGCCAGUAUGCUGGGUCAGGCUGAUGAAGUAGUACAGGAGAGAAUUUCUGAUGAUGAGCUCAUUGUCAUCAAACGGUAAGCACACCAAUGAAGUCAUCAUUUUUUUUCCAGGUUUUUUAUAAACUUUUAUUAUAAUGAACUUAAACCUUGCAUGGUGUUAGUUAUACUAAUUAAUAAUUUACAGAACAGUGCCAGGGGGUCUGAAGUGUCAAUUUUUGAUGACAUCGGAGAUGCCAACCUCGGGAGAUCUAAAAUCUAGAGAUCAUCCUCUCUUUUGCUCCCCUUCCAAGUGUAUUUCAGAUCUUAGCCCCAUCUACUGAGGUUAAUACCUACAUGUAUUUAAGUCUACCCAUAUGAUAGAUGUUUGAUAGGUGCAGAUUCAAACUUUGAACUUAAUUAGAUGGACUCAAUUUGUUUUCACAACACACAAUGGUCAACAAUACUUACCUAUCAAUGUAAGUAAUAUUAAUUUACGCAAUAAAUUCAUUACAUGAGGAAUUGUUUAAAAUGAAAUUGCUCUGCAGUUGAAAUUCCCAUUAAUUAAUUUUUUGGGACUUGAACUAAAUUUGUGGGUCGAACCCAAAUUAGAUAUGUCAUCUUUACUUUUCUUUUAAAGGGAUUGCAUGUGGGUUGGCUAAACGAAAAGUUUGAUGUGUGACAUUCGUAACCAUUUGCCUCAUUUUUAAUUCCCAGGCCUAAAUCUCGCUCUUCCUCUUCCAUUAUCCUGAGAGGUGCAAAUGACUUCAUGUUAGAUGAAAUGGAGCGUUCAAUGCAUGAUGCUAUAUGUGUUGUAAAGAGAGUGUUGGAGUCUAAGACAGUGGUCCCUGGUGGCGGAGCUGUGGAAGCUGCACUGUCCAUCUACCUUGAGAACUUUGCUACGUCAUUGGUAAGGAAGACAUUCUGCACUCUCCUAACUUUGAUCACUAGCUGCUGUUCAGAAAAAUGAUCCUGCAUUCACCUGGACUUGCAAAGCAGCAGAAAUAAAACUUUGCACUAAAGCAGUUAUUGUAUAAAUCUAGAGAACUAAAAAUGAAAAUCUGCAGAAAAAUCUAGGAUUUCAUUUUAAGACUGAAAAACAAACUACCGUUUAAUUAGUAGCUCUGAAGACAUUUCAUUUGAAUAGUAACGCCUUUGGAAUUCAUCACAAGUCAGAAAUUAACUCUAAAUAAAUAGAACCGUGUGAAAUUACUGCCGAAGUGGUUUCACUGAUUUGGAAUAUCAGAUAACAGGAUCUUAUCCAUAGACUCAAAGUUUGCACAUAGUUAAAGUACUGCUUAAUAGAGGUAUCAUUUGAAUGCCACAUCAGCAUGCAUACCCAAAAGUUAGAACUACCCUAAAAUUCAUCACAGCCUUACCAGGGCUGUUACUAAGAGCAGAGGGCUGGGGAUUUCCUGGCCGGCAAGUAUUAACACAACCCCCAACUACUUUGACAUGAAACUACCUAACUUUUCAAUUUCCCUCCUCCUUAUUGCGUAUACCCGGCAGCUUGGACGCUUUUUGACAGCCCUGCCUACUACAGUAGGUAGAAAAAAAAUAAUUUGUCUUUGGAAAAGAGCGUGCGCCAUGGACUUGAAGAUGUCUUUUUCAGUUUUCUUAAAUCCAUCAAGUCACGUGGUCUGCGUUGCUGACGUAAUCUAUCCCAGUUAGUAGUAGAACUUAAGCAGCAACGUUUUUAGCAACGCACGUCCACCGGAAGUGAGCUUUUUUCUCCUUUAAUAUGCCUUUACGCCACCAAAUUUCUAUGGCUAAGUGUCUUUACUCUUAUAGAGACGAUUUGCCUAAAAGUUUGUUCAAAAUCACGUCUCAAGAGUGCGAAAAGUCCACUUCCGGUUGACGUGUUUUGCUCAAAAACGUCGCUGCUUAAACUCCCUAGUAACGUCUGCAAAGCAGCACUGAAAUCGUUAUUCUGGGCCCCAAACGGACUCAACGAAUUACCGGAAAUGCGUUUCGAAUUUCCCUUCAACCUGAUUGGCAAAUAGUCCAAAUUCGAAUUAAAAUUACCGCUGAAUGCAACCAUGAACGGCACAUGUAUAGAGGGUUAGCCUCGACGUAAAGUAAGACAUUCAGAAAUUCCGGCAAGUAAGUGUUUGAAAUUUGAAUAUACACAAUAGACAGAGUAAUAAACAGGUCUUUUUCGUGUUGGAAUUUGUGAAUAUAUUACUUCAGAUGGAGGCUAAGCCUGUAAAAAAUGCGUCUUCACUUCUUUAAUUCAGAGGUCAUGGCGAACUCGAAACUGGACUAUUGUCAGUAGCCUUUUUAACGGGCCAAUAAUGGCACGUAUUCAAAUCCUGGCUACGCAGGUAAGGGGUCAGAACUAGGAUUCGACGCUGUUUCGCAGACGCACUCAACCAGAAGUUUAGUUCUGUCUGUAGUGCAGGCUAGAAAUCGUGCAGAGUCAACUAAGUAGCUGUUGUUUGUGGUUAACAGGGAUCUCGAGAACAGUUGGCCAUUGCUGAGUUUGCAAAUUCUCUCCUUGUUAUUCCCAAAACGUUGGCGGUGAACGCAGCUCAAGAUUCCGCUGACCUUGUUGCUAAACUACGCGCCUAUCACAACACAUCGCAGAUCAACACAGAAAGGUCUUCCCUUAAAUGGUAUGGACUCUUAGAAUAAUAGAGAGCUUUGAUUCUAGGAUAAGGACGACUACGAGGACUACAUUUUCUCAGUAAAGAGAUUUAGAGGAAAAAUAGGAAUGAGCUGUUAAGGCUGUGCAAAACAUGAGCUGUUAAGGCUGUUAAGGCUAUGCAAAACAAUUAUUAUUGAUACAAAGGGCGUGAAACUACUUAUAUUUUUGUGGAAGUAAUGAACAUCUAAUGAUAAGUUAAGGAAAAACCUGAUCACGUGGUACAAAGUCACGUGGUACAAAGUCACGUUUGCCGUUUACGGUAAAACAUUAAUGAGCUUAAGCAAAGAUGUUUUUAAGUGACGCACGUAGACCGGAAGUGGUCUUUUUUCAUUUUUUGACGGUGGUUUUACCCAAAUUUUUGGACAAAUCGUCCUUAUUAUAGUAAAGACACUUAGGAAUACAAAUUUGGUAGUGUCAAGGUGCUUUAAAAUGAAAAAGACCUCACUUCCGGUUGACGGGCGUCGCUCAAAGCCGCCGUCAUUCUACUACGGGUUCAAAGCGAGGCUUCAUAUGAAAAUGAUCUUUCAUUCUCAUGCAAAUAAAACUCAUUUUCAUUUGAAAGGUUUUGUACGUAACCUCGUUUUAAAAGCUUGAGAUCACUAUUUUGGACAGCAAAUACCUUUUAUAGAAAAUUUGCUUAACUUUGAAUUACAAGACUCUUUUUUGUUUGGCAGGAUUGGUUUAGAUCUGAUUGAGGGCAAGGUACGUGACAACAAGAAGGCAGGAGUUCUGGAGCCGUCAAUCAGCAAAAUCAAGUGUCUAAAAUUUGCAACUGAAGCAGCAAUAACAAUUCUUCGCAUAGAUGACAUGAUCAAACUUCGGCCAGAGAAGAAAGAGGAAAGUGGUUAUGGGGAGGCUGUCCGGAGAGGAGAGUUGUAAACAAAUACGACAUCGUUAUGUACAACAAAAACUACUCCAUGCCCAGUCAUCUUUCACUGGAACAGCUGAACUGUGAAUAUUCCUAAAUGAUAUAUAGGCAAAAAAGAACUAAACUGUACUUCAACAAAAUGAAUGAGCGUGAUUCUCAAUUGCACUGUCACUGUUGUAGUGUGAAAGCGUCAGUUAC